AACAAAGAUGUUGAUGAAAAUCGCGCUUUUUCUGCUUACCACAACAGUGGUAACAUCAAAAGAUAAUUCAGAUACUACGCAAGAAGUGAGGAUUGAUAUACAACGAUUUGGGUAUUGUUACAUUAAACUCGGGGAUAUACAACCGCCAAAAUUUACGUGUGUUCAAGAUGAUAAAACUCCCGAGCGAUUCAAUUCAACACAUGCUUGGCACAUAGAAAAAGAUAUAAAAUGCAUUUCUGCUAUCCCAACAAUAAAAGAAAUAGCGAAGGGUAAAUGUAAAAGAUUUCAUCCACAUUUGGUCGAAAUUCCUUCAACACAUGGUACUGAUGCUCGUGGAAAACCAGUUAAGGAUAAAGAUGUCUUUCAAUAAGCAAUAAUUCCAACAGUAUAAAAGUUUUAUUAACAUUUUAUUUUCUAUUCUACCACAAAGGUAAUCAACAUUUUAUUGCUCCAAUAUCAAUAAUAAUAACAAUAAUAAAGAAAAAAUCAAUUAUCUCAA